CGGUGGGGGAGGGUCCUGGCCCCCGGCUCCGCCCGGUCCCUCCCCGCCUUUUAGGCGCCCGCGCGGCUGGGACAUCCCAGUCCCGGUUGGUCCUCCUCGCCCGCCACCCGUGCGACCACUUCGCGCAGCCAACCCAGUCAGCCCGGUCCACCACACAGCCCGCCGGCCGGCCGGUCUCCCACCGCAACCAUGGACGCCAUCAAGAAGAAGAUGCAGAUGCUAAAGCUGGACAAGGAGAAUGCCAUCGACCGUGCUGAGCAGGCGGAGGCCGACAAGAAGCAAGCUGAGGACCGCUGCAAGCAGCUGGAGGAGGAGCAGCAGGCCCUCCAGAAGAAGCUGAAAGGGACGGAGGACGAGGUGGAAAAGUAUUCCGAAUCAGUGAAGGAUGCCCAGGAGAAACUGGAGCAGGCUGAGAAGAAAGCCACCGAUGCCGAGGCAGAUGUGGCCUCCCUGAACCGCCGCAUUCAGCUGGUAGAGGAGGAGUUGGACCGGGCGCAGGAGCGCCUGGCUACAGCCCUGCAAAAGCUGGAGGAGGCUGAGAAGGCAGCUGAUGAGAGUGAGAGAGGAAUGAAGGUCAUCGAAAACCGAGCCAUGAAGGAUGAGGAAAAGAUGGAGCUGCAGGAGAUGCAGCUGAAGGAGGCCAAGCACAUCGCUGAGGAUUCAGACCGCAAAUAUGAAGAGGUGGCCAGGAAGCUAGUGAUCCUGGAAGGAGAGCUGGAGCGCUCAGAAGAGAGAGCUGAGGUGGCUGAGAGCCGAGCCAGGCAGCUGGAGGAGGAACUGCGAACCAUGGACCAGGCCCUCAAGUCCCUGACGGCCUCAGAGGAGGAGUAUUCCACCAAAGAAGAUAAAUAUGAAGAGGAGAUCAAACUGCUGGAGGAGAAGCUAAAGGAGGCUGAGACCCGAGCGGAGUUUGCCGAAAGGUCGGUGGCAAAGUUGGAGAAAACCAUUGAUGAUCUGGAAGACGAAGUCUAUGCACAGAAGAUGAAGUACAAGGCCAUCAGCGAGGAGCUGGACAACGCACUCAACGACAUCACCUCCCUCUGAGCCUCUCACCAGUGUGGCCCGCGGCCCCUUCUCUCUUCUCCUUUCCAUUCUCUGUAUGGGGAGGGGGGCAGGCAGGAGGAGCAGAAAUUGCCAACAUUGCACAGCCAGGCUGGACGCAGCCUAGGAGAGCUCCCGUCACAGCUGCUGCCCACCCUGGCAUUUGCUUCAUCCUUCUAUAUCCAUCCACUCCUCCCUCUACCCGCCAGCCUCUCCCGCUCUCUGCUGCUUAAUAAACUCAACUUGGUCUCCA